UACAUUUUGUCAGGGUGAAUACAGUUAUCUUUCAUCCUGGACCGAUGCUAAUGGAAGCAAUGGAGUACAAAAGAUGCACGCUGCUGUGGCGUUGCUGUCCGACUGCAUGCAGAAAUCUGCAGAUGCAACAGUUGCUUAUAAAAAGUCAGCCAGCCAAACCAAAGAACAAAGUAACCUGACAAACUCCCCUUAUUGACCCAUAGUUAUCAGAAUUCGGCAUUGGGCUCUUUUACCAUAUCCGCGAUCGCCUCGAUAACACCGCCGCCGUCGGAGUUUCCAGUUUCCAGUUACCAUCAACUCCCCAAGUGUCAACUCUGCAAAUUUCCUCUCCAACGCCUGUUAUCCCACCAGAAAGAACUGCUGGCCACGAUGGAGAAACUCACAGAUAAGAUCGCGGCUUUACCGCCCAAUUCGAGUUACUUCUCGCUCGAGUUUUUCCCGCCAAAGACUCAGAUGGGUUUUGCAAACCUGCAAGCCCGUCUGGAGCGUAUGGCACAAGCAUUACGGCCGUUGUUUGUCACUGUCACAUGGGGCGCCGGAGGAAGCACCGCAAAGCGAUCGCUCGAAUUGGCUGAGGUCUGCCAGCGACAACUGCAAUUAACGACAUGUUUGCAUUUAACGUGUACCAAUAUGAGUCGGGCCUUGGUGGAUCAGGCGCUGGAGGAAGCCAAGGUGCUGGGGAUCCGGAACAUCCUGGCAUUGCGUGGUGACCCGCCGCGAAGUGAGGAGUACAACAUCCACGGGGAGGACGAUAGCAACAAGGAUUUCAUGUUCGCAGUGGACUUGGUGAAAUACAUUCGUCAGCAAUAUGGGGAUUACUUCUGUAUUGGUGUGGCUGGGUAUCCGGAGGGUCAUCCGGCGGAUUCUUUCCAGGAUGUCCAAGAUCCGCACCAGGAUUUGCCCUAUUUGAUUGAGAAGACGAAGGCCGGUGCGGAUUUUAUCAUGACACAGUUAACUUAUGACCUUGACGCAUUCAACGAUUAUGAGAGUUUGCUGCGGAAUCAUGAAUCGGGCGUGUUUAAGACGAUUCCUAUCAUCCCAGGAUUGAUGCCGGUGCACAGCUACAAGAUCUUGACCAGAGUGACCAAGCUGAGUUACGUCAAGGUCCCGCCGCGCAUUGCUAAGAAGAUGGAGGAAGUUAAACACGAUGACGAUGCUGUGAAGCGCGUUGGUAUGGAUGUCAUUAUCGACAUUGUCGAAGGGAUCAAGAAGGUUGCCUCCCCUGGAAUACGAGGUUUCCACUUUUACACACUCAACCUUGAAAAGACAGUGUCUUUCAUCCUGGAACGCUGCAACCUGAUUCCCGAAUAUGAUGAGAAUGCCAUUGAAGAUGGAGGGGCAUUAGAUGUCGCAGCAUCCACACUGGACGUUGCCCCCAAUGGCUCUCGUAUCGGCUCGAAAAGCCGCGCUUCGUCACUCAAUUCCCAGCCGCGCAACCGGGUUAUCGUGGACAGAAAGCAAGCCAACCUGGAAGAUGCAACUAGAGAUUCUGCAUCACACGAAGCAUCUGCGGUCAGCGCUGGCAUGCCUGCGAUGCCUCCAAACCCUAGCACCACCCUCCAAAUCUCUGAGGGACUCGGCGCGCUCGGAAGAGAAGCCACCUGGGAUGACUUCCCCAACGGACGAUGGGGUGAUGCACGUUCCCCAGCCUUCGGUGAGAUUGACGGUUAUGGUCCCUCCCUUCACGUACCAGCCCCCGCCGCUCGUCGACUAUGGGGUCACCCCGUCUCGCGCUCCGACCUCAGCACCCUCUUCCGCCGCCACGUCUCCGGCGAACUUCACAUGGUCCCAUGGUCUGAGGGAGGUGCAGAAGAAGGUAGCGGUGGUCUAAACCCCGAAACAGCUGUUAUCCGCCCCGAACUACUCAAACUCAUCGACGGCCGUGGCUGGUGGACACUCGCCUCGCAACCUGCCGUCAACGGCGUACGCAGCGACCACCCAGUCUUCGGCUGGGGUCCACAGCACGAGGGUUUCGUCUUCCAGAAACCAUUCGUCGAGUUUUUCUGUCCAAACAAGGAUUUCCAAAACAGCCUCAAACCCGUCCUGGUAAAGCACGGCCACGAGAAACUCGCCUGGUUCGCCACAAACGCCAAGGGUGACUUCGAGUCCUCCCUCCCCGCUCACCCCGCCGGCUCUGACAACGACGACAUCGUCGAGAUGAACCCUGAUAACGUCAACGCGGUCACAUGGGGUGUUUUCCGUGGUAAGGAGAUUGUGACACCCACCAUUAUCGAAGAGGUCAGCUUUCGCGCAUGGGGCGACGAGGCCUAUCGGAUCUGGGACGAAUGGCGCCGCGUUUAUCCCCGGGGGACUCCCACGGAGCGGUUUCUCGAGGACACUAAGAAUGAUGUGUGGUUGGUUUGUGUUGUUGCGCAGGAGUUUGGGGCUGGGACGGAGGUUGGGUCGAGCGAGGAGGAGAAGGAGGUUAAGUGGAUGUGGAGAGUUUUGGCGGGAGAAGAGUGAUUUUCUUCUUCUGCUCUUGUUGGGUUUUAUGGCUUUGGGUUUUUUUCUUUUUUCUUUUUUUUUUUUUCUUCUUUGUUAGAGGUUUGUAAAUGAAAUGCAUGGUUUUGUCUGGGUUUUGGUUAUAUUCCAUAUCAACUAUGCUUGUAUGCCGGAUUCACGACACCUUGUAUACUCAUUGAUCAAUAUAGAUUGGUUUUCUCUAAAUGCUCGAAUAUAUAGAAAGUAGUAACCCCAGCGCCAAGCUACAAACCCUUUGACAAAACUUUUAUCCAGUCUAUAUCAUGGAGCAGUCUUCUCCGCAAACCCAUGUUCCUCGAGUUCAGUCGCA